CCAACAGGAGUACACAUUAGCAAUGUUGUUUAUGAAAACAUGAAAGGAACAUCAAGUACAGAUAUAGCAAUAAACUUGAACUGUAGUAAUUCAGUGCCAUGCACUGAUAUAACACUGCAACAUAUACAGCUAACAUCAGCAACUCCUAAAGGGAAAGUUACAGCAUAUUGUAAGAAUGCUCAUGGCCAACAGUAUGGAAUUGAACCUGAUGGUCCUUGUUUAAUUACAUCGUUAAAGCUACUGUGUUCUGCCGAACUCGUAGGCAGAACUGCAGCUCCCACCCUGCUUAGCGUAACCCUAUCUCAAGCUGAAAAUGCUCAUAAGGAGAUUUUAGCUAUGAAUAUAAGUUCAUUCAAUGAGUUAGGGAAGUUGGCUUGGGCUGAUUGCUUAAAGCUUUAUGAAGAUACUUUUUAUCAACUUAACAAAUCCAUCAACAACUCUGGUAAGACAAAUGAUGUUCAAACAUGGCUAAGUGCAGCUAUGGGUAAUCAUCAAAUAUGCUUAAAUGGAUUCCAUGAUUUUCAAUUAUCAUCACAUUUGGAGAAAUUUCCCUCUGUGUUAAAUGAUUUCUCCGAAAACCUUUGCAACUCUCUUGCCAUAAACAAAGCCACGGCUAUACCUUCAGCUUCACUAUCAACAAAUCCCCAACUUAAGGGCCGACGUUUACUUAGGGGCGGAGUUGCAUGGUCUGAAGCGGGUUCAACUGAAUCUCAUACUGGAUUCCUGACUUCACCCGACAGGAAACCUUUACAGCAAGGAACUCCAAUAAAGGCCGAUAUCGUGGUGGCUCAAGAUGGUUCUGGGAAUUAUCACACUAUUUCUGAAGCUUUAGCUGCAGUAAAUAGCAUGAGGAAUGGCACAGGGAGAUUUGUGAUAUAUGUGAAAAGAG